UAUGGGCCAGGAUCGUGCCAGUGGUCACUCCCCACUUACUGCAGCAUCCGAAUCCCGCCCAGAUCUCGUACUUCCUCGACAGGAUCCACAAUCCUCCAGUACACUCCUUUCGUCUGUCGUUGCCCCCGGUUUCGCGUUGGAUGGUCAAGAUACACCUGCACCAGGUCAGGUUGCUUCAUUAACCUCCACGAAUAACUUCAUCAAUUUUUGCUCGACUGUCUCCAUCCCCUUGACCGAUGGGAAGCAAGUGACAUCUGGUUCUUGUAACCCCGCCCCCAUGGGCCAUAUACCCCCUCCCGAUUCAAUACCCUCCGCCAAAUUCACCGCGCCUAGAAAUGGAGACAUCAUCGAGGAGAAUACCAGCUUUUCAUUAGCCAUAAACACCCGAAACGUUAUAACUGGAGUUUCUGUCAAUUCUCAAACGAACUUCUUUUCUGCCCCUCAACAGCUCUCCAGCGGCAGCGUCAGAGGGAAUUACCAUCUCGUAAUCGAAGAAAUAACGUCCAUCGAUCAACCAACUUUGACGAAUCCUCGCAUUUUCACUUUUUUCCAACUUCUGUUAGACCCCACUGUGGCGUCAGUUGUUAGGAAUGGCCUACCUGCGGGAUUCUACCGAGCGACUGCAACAGUGCACGCUGCCAACCAUCAGCCAGUUCUCGUUCCUAUGCACCAGCACGGAUCUCUCAACGACGCUGUUUAGUUCACAGUCGCCGGUAACUCAAGGGCAUCCCGAGAACCGAAUGAUUGGAGUCAGAGAGACUUUUCGCCAAGUCUUCCAGAGCGGAGGAGGCAUUUCAAAAGACAGGGAAACAGUCCAGAUCAGACAUCCAGGACAUUAAAUUCCGACUUAGUCUGUCCAGGCUUUUCAGAUGACGGGCAAAGUACGCCUCAGCAGGGACAAAGUCCGUCCUUAACUUCGAACAAUAAUUUUAUCAAUUAUUGCGCAACCUUGCCCGGAGUUCCCAUUACAAAUGGGCAACAACUGCCUACUACGUCCUGCAACCCCGCGCCAAUGGGUCUCCUUCCUUCUACUCAAAGCAUGCCAUCUGCGCGUUUCAUAUUCCCGGUGUUCAAUGCGACAGUAACGGAAAACACGCCGUUCACGGUCACUCUCGCAGUCGGUAAUCUUGUAACUGGGCUUUUUGUCAAUCCUGCGACCAACUUCCUCGCGGCACCACAGCUACUCAGCCCUGACGGGUUGAUUCUAGGAUACAGUUCCAUCGUGAUAGAGCAAAUGUCCUCCAUAAAUCAAGCCUCGCCGACGGAUCCCCGGAAUUUUGUUUUCUUCAAAAGCCUCAUCUCAGCUGCAGUCAACAACCAACUAACGACGGAGAUUACUGGCGGUCUGCCUGCGGGAGUCUAUCGACUGUCCUCCAUAGUUUCCGCUGCCAACCAUCAGCCCGUCUUGAGUCCUGUGAAUCAGCGUGGAGCUGUCGAUGACAUAGUUUAGUUCUUUGUAGAGCCAGCCAACAACGGCUCCUCGCUCAACACAAGCUCAUCUUCCACAUCCCCCACGCCUUCAACUCCAACCACCACCCCAAGUCAGAGUAAUACUUCCGUCGCGACCGCACGAACCCCGCCUGUUGGCCUAAUCGUAGGGGUCAGCGUCGCCGGUGUCGUGCUUCUGCUUGCAAUAAUCAUAGGCCUUUUCAUCUGGAGACGUCGGCACAUGAAGAAGCAGAUGGAAGGUGCCCUCGAACAACCUUACGCCGGGUUUACACCUUUCACGGACGGGUCCUACAUCUCAUUCCACUCGGCUCCAACAAUCCUGGCUGCUGGUCAUUUUAAGGCAGGGGUCGAUGGAACCGCUCCUCCUCCUCCAUUCCCUCUGCAAUCCGCUAGUGGCAAAGUCGUGGGUUCUAGACCUAGAAAUGCUCAUGCUGCGUCGAGAGGGUCUAUAAUUUCGUCUGCACCUUCGUAUCAUACUACAGUUGAGAGGUCCACUUUACCAUCAGACUA